AUGUCGGCCAUUCGGUCCAAUUCCUACACCCACGAGGAGAAGGAGAAGGAUGAGCACCAUGAGGGGGGUGAGCCCACCUCGCUGGAGAACGUCCAUUUCGCCCAUAUGAGCGCAGAGGAGAGGACAGCCGCCUUCCAGCUGGCGCGCUCCAUCGACCCGGGACCGGCUACCUUCUCCAUGCGGUACCUCACCUUCUUCCUCUCCUGCUUCGUCGCCAUUGUCUGCUCCUGCGACACUGGCUUCGACACCACCAUCAUGUCCUCCGUCAACUCCAUGACCCAGUUCCAGACCUACUUUGGCUUGGUCUCUGCAAGUACAGGCACAGGUAUUCUAUUUGGUAUCUACACCGUCGGUGGGGUUUGUGCUUUCUUCCCCAACAUCUAUCUCCCGGACAAAAUCGGCAGGCGUUACUCGAUGUUCUACGGCAAUGGAUUGCUCAUUAUCGGUGCCCUUAUUUCCGCCAAUGCCAAGUCGUACGAGAUGCUCCUCGGCGGUCGGUGGUUGACCGGGUUUGGCUGCUCUACCGCUGCGCUUGCUGCUAAGCUCUGGCUCAGUGAGAUCGCUCCGGCCUCGUCCCGCGGUCGAUACAUGGGUGUCCUCAACUCCUUCUACUACGUCGGCCAGAUCCUCGCCACUGGUGUCGCCAUUCCCCUUGGCCGAGUCGAUACCGAGUACUCAUGGCGCACUUGCCUAUACCUCCAGCUUGGUCCCGCAGUCAUCAACUGCGCCUUUGUUCUCUUCAUCAAGGAGUCUCCUCGUUGGCUCUACGCUCGUGGCCACCGUGACCGCGCCGUCGACAUCCUCGCCAAGUACCACUCCGCCACCGGUGAUAUCGAAUCCCCCGUCGUCAAGCUCGAGAUCCAGGAGAUUGAGGCCGCCAUCUCGCUCGAGGGUGGUGACCGUCAGUUCUGGAACUUCAAGAAGGUCUUCGACUCCCCCUCCAACCGCUACCGAUUCGGUCUCUGCGCCAUGAUCUCGUGCUGGGGUCAGCUCGCUGGUAACGGUCUCAUCACUUACUUCCUUCCCGUCCUUCUCGGUCUCGCUGGUAUCACCAACCGUGACACCCAGCGUCAGCUCAACUUGGUCAACUCAAUCACCUCCAUGUGCGGUGCUCUCACCGGUUCCGCUGUCGUUGACCACGUCGGGCGCCGCAAGCUCCUCCUCACCGGUCUUACCUGCGCUUGCGUCGGCAUGUUUAUUGUCGGCUCCCUCCUCUCCCCCGCUGGCGAGCAGUCAAAGACGAGAGCGGACGCUGGUAUUUCGUUCAUAUUCCUCUUCAUGGUCUUCUUCUCCUUCGGUAUGACUCCCCUUCAGGGUCUCUACCCCGCUGAGGUCCUCACUUUCGAGAACCGUGCCAAGGGUCUUUCGCUCCAGGCAUGGGUCACCAGCGCUGUCUCGUGCAUCAACACCUUCGGUCUUCCCCCAGCCCUCGGCUCCCUCGGUUACAUUGUGUACUUUAUCUUUGGUGCUUGGGAUAUCGUCGGUGUGGCCACCGUGUACACCUUUGCCGUCGAGACCAAGCAGCUCUCCCUUGAAGAGAUGUCCGAAGUCUUCGAGGCACCCAACCCCAAGAAGCGCUCGUUCGAGCUCGCCGCUGCGGCGCGGGCAAGGGUCAAGAAGGAGAAGGAGCUCGGCCGGGCCUAG